AUGUCUAUAAAUGCCUAUAACAAGAGCGGUUUCCCAUGCUCUAUCUACCACUUACCUCCAAAACAAGAAUAUGAUGAUUCAGAGAAUCCACUAUAUAUUUUCAUUCCAGGAAACCCCGGAUUACUCGAAUUCUAUGUGGACUUUCUGACCCUAAUUCAGGAAAAAAAACCUGAAUGGGAGAUUCUGGGAAUUUCUCACGCGGGCAUGAAUUCAUGUGAUACUAUAGAAUGUCCAGUUUAUUCCUUGGAAGAACAAAUCCAACACAAUGUCAAUGUAAUCAAGAGUUUUUCAUCCGAAAAACGGCAAUUAAUUAUCAUGGGACAUUCGAUAGGUGCCUUCAUAGCUCAAAAGGUUGCAAUGCAUGAAGAUCUCGAAGGGAGAGUCAUUCAAGUUGGACUUUUAACGCCGACAGUAAUUGAUAUCCAUCUAAGUGAAAAGGGGACGAAACUCACUCUCAUUAAUAAGUGGUGCCCAAAUUUCCAUGCAUAUGUGGCCCUGCUAAGCUGGAUAUUCUUUGAAAAGCUUCUUCCAGUUUCAGCCACAAGGUGGAUUGUGUCAACUUUUGUGGAUAAAUUGAAAACUCGUAUGGGCGCUGCUGUUUUGGUACUGCUAACAAAUUCCAGAUUUGUCCUUCAAGCAUUGGGGCUUGCAGCUCAAGAAAUGAAAUUAGUUAGAUCAAAUUGGGAGUUUCAGCGUAAAUUCGUCGGCAUGUGUAACAGCGAAAAUAUCAGCAUAUGGAUGCUAUUUAGUAAAUCCGACCAUUGGGUUAGCGAUAAGACCCGCCAAGAUCUCAUAGACUUUUAUGAAGAUAAUUGCAGCUCAAAAAACCUCGAAAUUGACAUUUCAGAGCUAAUCGAGCAUGCUUUUGUGAGGAAACAUACAGAAAUUGUUAUAGAUAAGUACUUUUAG